GCUCUCUGCUCCAUUUCGGACUCCGUAAUCCAUACACGUACAAUAUCAAUACAACUACACAACUCCGUACGAUACGGAUACGGAACAACGCAGAAUGGCACGCGGAUAGUCGAAGAAUCUCUCUUUUUACAUUUAUUUAUAUUUUUCACAGACGCGCGCUCUCACGAGCAAUUGCGAUGGCGUCGACUUACAUCAAAGACGAGACGGGUACAUUUAUUCCAGCAAGCCAACGACCCGAUGGCACAUGGCGAAAGCAACGACGUGUCAAAGAUGGAUAUAUUCCUCAGGAAGAAGUUCCUUUAUACGAAAGUAAAGGAAAGCAAUUGAUAAAGAAGCCUUUAUAUCCUGUGGGUGCCAGCCCAGAAUUUAUAGCGGAACAUAAAGCUAAGCUAGAAGCUUUAGCGGCGAAAAACAAAGUAAUACCUAAUAUACAAGCAAGAACUUCAGAAGGAUCCAAGAGGAAGAAAAAGAAAAAUAAAUCUAAAUCUAUGGAAUCUGUUGCCGAAGGAUUGUCCAAAAUUAUGAUCUCAGAAUCUGAAUUUCAUAAAGAAGUUCUAACUCACACUGACAAGCCACUGUCUACGGCAAAACAAACCACAACAAAUAAUGUAACUAAAGACAAUUUAAACACAAUGCAGAAAACAAUUGAUCCACAAAAAAGAUUAAAAAAUCUUCGUAAGAAAAUUAGGGAAAUAGAAGUGUUAGAGGAUAAAAUAAAAACUGGUGCUCUAAAAAAUCCUGAGAAGGAGAUACUUGACAAAAUCAGACGGAAAAUAGAGAUCUCUAAGGAAAUAAAAAGAUUAGAAACUGCUUUAUAGAUCAUAUCGGAUUAAAACACACAAAUUUGUCAAUGCUAUUGA